CUGCGUUCUUGCUUCGUGUCUACUCUGGAUCACUCAGAUAAGAUUACGAUUUGAUUAAACUCCCGGUAUCAAGUAGUCGGGACUGGGGAGACGGGGCUGCAGCAAACCUGUCAACCCUUCUUGCUGGCUACCAAAAUCGCAGCUACGUCAUACUCCGCACCCAAUCUCUCGCUGGAACAAGACUUUCUCUUGACAGCCCAAAACGAGCUGUGCGCUUCCUUACGACUGGUGACUUCGCGCUGCGAUCUCGCCUUGGAGACGAUGGCAGAACAAUACCAGAUACGGUCUCGUGCAGAAUGGGAAAGGAUGGUGCGAGAUUGGGGUUUCGGUAAUGUUUUUAUCUGGACUGAUGGCAGUAAUGCCUAUUACCCGUCACACACUCAUUCUGGGCUAACAACCCAUCUCAUCCGCCGGGGGACUCUUACCAUCACGUACCCCGAAGACAACACAUCGUUACACCACGGAGAAGUGAAGAAAGAGAGAUCUGGGCCAGGUGCCCGGAUCGAUGUUCCUGCUGGAAAGCUACAUGGGGUAUGGAUAGGCAGUGAAGGAUGCGAGUAUAUAGUUGGGGAGUAAAGUUAUAAUAUAAACUGUAUUGGGGAAUAUCUGAACAUGUCUAUAUAAAAACCUGACUAUCUCGAAAAGAGGCUUUGGAG